UCAAAAUAAAAACAUAACCUCGAAUAUAAAAAAUAGUAAAUACAUAAAGUUAUCAAAAAGUACUCUGUGAAUAAAUAUUCAUGCAAAAUUUCUGUUUUGUUAUAAAUUGUGUUACUAAUUACUAUCAGAAAAAAAUAUUACUGUUAACAUGACGGAUGCAUACAAAAUAAUACAUCCAAAUAAAUAUUUUGAAGAUUAUAUAUCAUGUGGUGAAAGACCCGAUGAGCGAGGAUUUUCAGACCAUAGAAGCCUGUUAUUAAGCGUUCAUUCAAUAAAAACAGCCGAAGCAUCUGCAGUAUUGAAGUGUGGAAAUACUGCGGCUGUGUGUGGAAUAUCCUUAGAAUUGGCAACACCAAAGGCUGAAGAACCAGACAAUGGAUUCCUUGUAAUUAAUGUUGAAAUGACACCACUGUGUUCCUCUAAAUUUAGGCCUGGACCACCUUCAGACCAAGCUCAAGUUAUCAGUACGGCAGUUAAUGAUGUUAUUACAAACUCAAAAUGCAUAGAUUUGAAGGAUUUAUGUAUUGUAUCAGAUAAACUGGCUUGGGUGGUGUAUUGUGAUGUGGCGUGCAUUGACAAUGAUGGCAGUGUGAUAGAUGCUUGUAUUGUAACAUUGAUGGCAAGCUUAAAAACAUUAACUUUACCCACUGUAUCAUAUGAUGUUGAAACAGAAGAAAUAAAGGUUGAUCCAACAGUUCGAAUACCAUUGAAGAUGUCAGGUCUACCAGUUGCAACAAGCUUUGCAAUCUAUCAAACACCUCAAAGAAAUAUUUUAUUAAGUGAUCCAACAAGCUAUGAAGAAGAUAUGUGUGGUGGUAUUGGAACAAAUCUAAUUGUUUGCUGGAAUGAAGGUCUUUUAUGUGGUGUACAAAAAUUUGGCGGGAGUAACAUUUCAACUGAGGAUCAUAAAGAAUUAUUUAGAGUGUCUAAAAUGCGAAGUGAAGUUAUACGAGAAGCCAUCAUCACUUGUAUUACAGGGGAUACAGAGGAACUUAGUGAAUCACCUAAAUAGACUUAGAAAUGUAAAAAUAAAUUAAAUAAACAGCCGAAGAGUUAAAAGAAUAAGCGAUAACCUGAUAAUACGAUUUACGUAUUUGUUUUUCACUCAUACCUUUUUUCUAAAUAAAUAUUUUCUUACUUA